GAAGAACCGGUAAUAUAGGUUAAUGCGAUAAGGGCCGCUAUUUCCAGGUUGCGUAAUGAGGUGAAUCUCGUCGCCUACCUUACCUUCCCAUCUUCACUAGUGCUCUCAAGCUCAACAUCGAGUUUCCACUAGAGAAUGGACUCCGCCUCACCUUGGCAGUCUACAUCUUCUUUGUGCAUGGUUCUGGUGCUCUGGUCCUUUUUGUUUCGGGGGACGGCAUGGAGUAACCUUGUUGCUAUAUUUUCUUGCUUCCAGUCUCUGGCAUUGAAGCUAUAUGUGAAGGAUAAUUCGGUAAUGUCUGAGUAUGUCUGUUGGGAGGAACUCGUUCGGAUCUGGGCGUGAAUGUCUGUCGCCGUCGCUGGCCGUGUGUGUGGUCCAAUGUUUGACUGAUGGACUGGGGAUUUC